GAGAUUCCUCUUCCACAAAACGCGCGCGUUCUGCGUUUGCUCCGAUAUCGGCUGCGGGUUUUCCGACACAGGAUCCCGGACUUCUAUUUGCCGGACUCCGGCACUCUCUGCGCACGUUACUUAGGGGCUCGCAACUACACUCGAUUUAGCACUCUUCGACAUCUUUGCGGGUGCUAUAAUGAUUGAAGCGUCCUAAAGUAGAAGCUUUUGAAAUUUUUAACAGAUAAUUCAGAGAAAAUUCAAGAAUUUUUGAAGCUGAAAGAAAGAUUUCUGGACGAGGGUACUAAUUGCUCGUUUGGCACAAAUUAUGGCAACAGGGCAGACUGUGGCCAUCACAGCGCCACCUCUGCCCGAAUGGAAUGACAAUGAAACUUGCCAGCCACAACCUAAUGGACAAGAAAUUUGUCUCGACCCUUAUUUUAGUCAUUGCUUGUUCAGAAUCGGCAUCUAUGGGUGGAGGAAAAGAUGUCUCUACUUCCUUCUCAUAUUGCUAUGUUCUUUGGUUGUUAUAAACCUUUCACUCACAGUUUGGAUCAUCAAAGUUUUAGAUUUUACAAUGGAUGGAAUGGGCAACUUAAGGAUACGAAAGGAUGGCUUACGACUGGAAGGCCAAUCAGUGUUCCUAAAAUCUCUUUAUGCCGCUAAAAUACGCUCUAGGCAGGAUCAACCAAUCACAUUCGAAUCUUCAAGGAAUAUCACAAUCAACACAAGAAAUUCCAAAGGCAAAAUAACAAGUAGACUGAACUUGGGUGACGGGCGAUUGGAGGCUGUCGCAAAUAUGUUCACAAUAAAGAGGCCCAACGGCGACAUCUUGUUAAAUGUAGACGGAAACGAAGUUAUAAUGGCAGCAGAUAAAAUGAGAGUUACAGGAAAAGGAGGUGUUAACUUCAGAGGUUCUAUACAAACGCCAACAAUCAAAUCGGAACCCAGGAAACAAUUGAGGUUAGAGUCUCCAACACGUAAAUUGCGAGUACAAGCUCCUGAAGGAAUUGGUUUAGAGUCCAGAGCUGGUGGUAUCAGCGCUUCCUGCCUAAAGGAUUUAAAAUUACAGUCCAAAGAAGGAAGGAUAAUGUUGGAUUCCAAACAAGUGCUUUUUCGAAACCUACGGACAGUUUUGCCCACCAGUAAUGGCCGCCCCUAUAGAGGGAUCUACGAGAUGUGCUCGUGUGAGAAUGGUCGUUUGUUCCUGUCGUCCCCUGAAGGACAUUGCCAAGCAGACGAUGUCGUCUGCCAAUGAAGCCUCCACUAACAAUAUUGUAUGCGAGACCAAACUUCAACAGCACUGUUUUAUACGUUUUUACAUAUGAUAGUGUCACUUUUUUAUUUUGUUUUAUGAGCUGUUAAUUUUACUUUGCAUGUUAUAAAAUACUAAAUCAGUACAUUAUUUCAACAAAUAAUGUCAUAAAAUUUACUCAUACCUUUAAUUAAUAGAAAUUAUUUGAGUUGAAUUCUGUUAAUGAAUAUAUUGAAUCCUUCCAAAAGUUGAUACAUAAUGUAACACUUAAAAGGUUUUCGAUAGCUGGUUUGUCUGUAUCAUUCAAGAAAAGUUAAAGUAUAACAUGCUAUUCAUUUUAUAAAACCCAGUUUCAUGGUUUCAUCGUAGUAUAAUUUACAUAGAAAUACCUUAGUUAUCUUUUAAGAGUACCCAUUCAAAUAUGAAAAUAUUAAAUUUAAAAAAAAAACUGUUUCCGUUGUUCAAAAACUAAUGCAUGAAAAUACCGAUCGCUUGACGGAAAGAAUUUUAAAUUUUUCUCGAUAACAUGACUUUAUAAUGAAUCACAUAAAUAUAUCUAAUUUUUCUCGAUAACAUGACUUUAUAAUGAAUCACAUAAAUAUAUCUAAUUUUAGAAAAAUAUGAAAUGAAGCUAUUAUUGCUGUACACAUUGUUUCAGAUUGUAAAUAAUUGAUUAAAUAUACAAAAUAAACUUUUCUUUUCAGAAAAAGGAGCAAAUAUGUGCAAGUCUAAUAUAAUUUUCAAUACAGAGAUUAAUAAGGCCAUAAAGAGGAAAUAUGAUAAUAUUCAUGAAGAAGUAAGUAAAUUCAGGGAUGCAUAAGCAUUUAAUUAUUUUCUACUGUAAUAUUAAUUUGUUAUUAAAUUAGAUUAAUCAUUAUAAUUAUCAUUUGGCUUAAAUAACACAAUGAGAAAUAAAUUAGAAAUGUUAUUUGAAAGUAUUCGCUGGAGAUUUUGAUGAUGUAAAACAACAGAGCUUUCAGGGUUACGGUUUAAAUGAAAACAUUUCGAAAUGUUUCAAUGGCAACGCCUACUUUUUUCAUUCACAAAUUGAUCGAUGCAUUCAAAAACCAUAGAUGGCGUUUAAACGAUACAUCUAUGAUGAAAAUUCCCUGCGUAAACAUUUGCCAAGAAGAACAUUGUUUCAGUUCUUACAAAUCUCAUGGAUCUGAAGUAUACACCUUAAAUUUCCCAGAUAGCCCAGAACUGGAAAUCCAUCGGACUGAGGGCGUGGGAUCGCAGUGGUUGCGAAACUGUAAAGUUACGGCAGAACACUUUAUCUUGAAACGUUGUACACUUUAAAAACUUGUAAUUUCAAUAAGCGUUUCUUCCGUCGCCUCUCUCAUGCCAUUGGUCCUUUACAAUAUUCCUUUUUGCAAAUGUUUUACCCCGUCAUAAUGUAUCCUUCUAACGCCAUAUAUGGUUUUUGAAUGCACUGAUGAAUUUGCGCAGGAAAAAAUAAAAACUGAGUAUUGGCAUCCGAAAAUUUCGAAAUUGUUUCACUGUAACUACAACCCUGAGAGCUGUGUUGUUUUAAAUCGUUACAAUCUCGAGCGCAUACCUUCAAAUAACAACACCUGAAUUUUCAUUUAGUUUGCUUAAACAAAUAGGCCGCUAGGAGUUCAUACAUAAACAGAAAAUGUUUUUAACUACCCUGUAUAUCUCUCUUUAUAUAUAUAACCAUGAGAAAUUUUUCAUGUAGAUACUAGUUAUGAGUUGUUACUUCCUUUAUACUUCUUGAAAUACUCCAUUCAACUACAAAACAUAAUAGAAUACUUAAAAUAUUAUUAUGAACUAAAUGUUAAUAUAAAUUUUGUUUUCCAGAGAUCGUUUCUUCCAAUGCUUUAGCUUAUGAAUUUAAAAUUUAAUUAAGCCAAGAAAGAGGAAUAAAUUUAGGAUAAAAAGGAAAGAUUAACAGAAUUCUCCAGAGUGAGAACCAGAGACUCUAAAGAGUAAACGAAGUGGUCACUAAAAAAAAGAUUAAGUAUCUUAAGUACAAUUUGAUAUAACAUUAGAGCUUUUAUUCUACUAAUAUGUGCAGUACAGUAAAAUCUAGAUUUUAAAGACUAAUUUGAGAGAAAGUGUGUUCGUAAAAUCGGACGUGGGUUGAAUUGUGAAUUGUGUUAUGAACAAUAUAAAAAUUAGGAUACUGAACUUGAAAAGGUACUCUAAAACAUAAAUGAAAUAUAUUUAAUGUACAUAAUAUAUUAGUAAAAAUGUAUGUCUUACAAAUGUAUACUGGUUGAUAAAAAGCCACAAACUUUAGUUGCUUUCGCGUUAAUAUUAUUUCUUAAAACACCCAAGUCAACUCUAAGAUCUCUGUAAGUAUAUCAUGAUAUUAUUCGUUUGGUAUUUCCUUUUGAUAGUUUAGGAGAACGCAUGACCUGUUCUUCUUCCCCGUCAUCACUGCUAUUCUCUUCAUCUUGCGUAACAUUUUCUAUUGUCUCCUGCUUACUGAGAAUAAGGUAGCCUGGAUGGUCCUCGUCCAUGUUAGGUACUGUUCAAUAUCAUCUACGAUGACAUUUUUGACAGACCUUAAGCACGGUUUCAUGGAGACUGGGGAUUUCAAAAACGCUGUAUUCGUUGUUUCUUCCUUUUCAUUCAGCAGGUGCUUUCAACUAAUGACCAGUCUAGUGGUUUUCAUGUCAUUCCAAGCGGGUGAAAAAUCGAAAACGGCAAAAUUGAUGCCAUAUGAAAGUAGGGUUUUCCAACUAACUUCUCAGCGUUACAAUGAAGAGGCACCAUAUCAAGAACAGGCGCCAUUGUCAUGAAGCAUGAUAGGAUCCUUCACCAACAAAUAUUAUCGCUUCUUGAGGUCAGAAGUGACGAAUCCCAUCAUCUCCAAUGACACUGCACCAGAGCUGACACAAUCUUCGGCGAUGAUGGGGGAUGGGAAGUACUGGAACAUGCGCCAUAGUCCUGUGAUAUGAAUCCAAGUAACCAAGAUGUCUUCAAAAGAAAGAACCGCUAAGAAGAAUAUCCGUAGCGUGCUGAUAAUAUAUGAAGCCUUUCGUAACUUGGUAAACGAUGGUAGACGUAGCAGUCAAUUACAGUGAAGAUCUUUGAGUGUUUGCAUUUAUGAUAAUAAAAUGUUUUCUGAACUGCUUUUUAUCCAACGCUUUUAUUUUGACAGGGCGCGAAAUCCACGAGAUGAGAACAAUAAACAAACAAGACCUCGUUCAAGAUGUUCAUUUAAUGUAUAAAAUCACACAAUAAAAGAAAAUUAUUCCAAACUCUUAAAUUGACUUCUGACCUACCGAUAAAAAACUACUCGUAUUUUGGAAACCAUUAGUUUGGAUAAGCAUACUUAUAUUGAAGAAACGCAUGCGCCAUAUGCGAAGAUACAUAAUUCAUGGUACAUAAAUAUUGCGGAAUAUACAUGGCCAGUUUUUCUGCAUAAAUACGCGAAUAGUGAAUGUUAAGUUCAUGAGAUAGUGCUUAGUAAACAACAACUGCAUAUUGCAAGGUAAUAAAUAUCGCAUAAAUGGGCAACAACAAUGAAAAAAGUGUAUAAGAAACUUAACCUAACUGCAAGUGUGAAGUUUCUAUAAAUAUCUUUAAAUAAAUAUGAGUUGUAUAAUUAAUGUUAGUGAAGCUUUUUCGAAAAAAUGCUAUUUAUAAUGUUAUCAAAAGGCACACGGAAUAUUUCAUUACAGAAUUCAGCAAAAAUAAUAUGGAAAAUAUACGCGUUAUAAAAAUAUUAUCAAAUCCAAGGAACUAUAUUACUUGUUUUAUAAUGUGAAGCUAAAGAAAUAUAUGUACAGUGAAUUUUUCAUAAAUACUUCGCAGAAAUAUUCUUAACUUACCUUUUUAAGUUUUAUUUGCAUAAUAAAUUCAGUGAAGAUACUGAUCAGCUUUUAUUACACAAAUCACUGUUGUUACAGUUGUUAACCUGUCAAACGAAUGUUGUCGUAAUGAAAUACAAACUGUUAUUAAAAAUAGUGUGCAUUGUGUGAGACAUUUUUCGAUUCCGUUUAAUGGCGUCUUUAUUUAUUUAAAACAGUAAGUCUUUUAAUUUAAAGAAAUUGUGUUAUUUAUGGUUAUUAGAUGCACUGAAAUUUUGUUUGCUUUGCUAACUGUAUGAAACUGUGAUUGUAUUGAAGAAUAAGCAUUGUAAAAUAGCCAAUUUGUGCUGUAAAUACAUCUUUACAUCCGUCCUAUAUUUGUACCUAGUGCAUAGAUGUUAUUGAGCAGUAAUAAAAUCCUACUUGAGAUUA